CCUUCACCUAUUAUUCUCAUCUACUUUGUGGUACAUGAUCUCUGCUUGAUGUCAGUGAAAGGAAACAUGAGGCUGUGUACAGAGCUGAGCUAGUUCUAUUUACACAGCUGAAGGUUCCUCACUCACCGCAUUGGCUGGGAAGGCUCGUAUCAUGGCCGCUGUGAACCCCUUGUAUAGACCUCGGGGCCCCUCAUCUCGCAAGACUUCCCUGAAGACAUCUAGGACCCCCCUAUACCGGCUGUCAGGAGCUGAAAUAAGAUGAUCCCGCCCAGCGUCCCAGGAUGAGGGGGGGGGGGGGGUGUAAUUGAAUACAGAGCAGAGGAAGGUGCCUGCUGCAGACUAGGACUCAGGGAUAUGGAGGGCAUAGAUUUGGCAUCAGCUCCGUACACAUACAGGACGUGGGCAGAGCAGCUGCUCCUGUGUGUCACUUGGCACCACCCGCUCUGCCUUAGGCUUCUGCACUCAGGCUUCACUCACCCUCACUCUUCUGGGAAGUGAGUUGCAUUUAGAGGAAUAGACAACCAUGUCCAUCUGGUUUCACCUCCUCAUCCUCUACUCCACGUGGCCCUGCGUGUGGCCCUUUAGGAUCUGUGCCUUUAAUGCCCAGCACUUUGGGGACAAAAAAGUUUCCAGUGAUAACAUCUUUAACAUUGUGGUCAAGAUCGUACAGCGUUGUGACAUCUUUCUGCUCCAGGAGGUGCAUGACCCCAAAGGAAACGUGGUGUCAAAACUCAUGGCUGCCCUCAACAGAGCAGAGGACGUAUUCUUGGCAGUGAGCAGCCCACCCAUCGGGCGCAAGUCCUACACAGAACAAUACGUCUUCAUAUACAGGUCAUUCAGGAUCAGAGUGACGGAUCAGUACAAGUAUGAAGACGAUGAUCCGGCCGCACCUGACGUCUUUGCUCGAGAACCUUACGUAAUUCGCUUUGCUCUGGAGUCCGCAGCUCUGAAGGAUUUGGCUAUAAUCCCACAACACACAGAACCGGAAAAGGCCCACAUUGAACUUGAUGCUCUUUAUGACGUGUUCAUGGAUGUCAGGAGGCGCUGGAGAUGUAAGAACAUCAUUUUAAUGGGAGACUUUAACGCCGGCUGCAAGUACCUGUCUAAGAAGAGGACAAAGUCCCUGCGGUUAUACACAGACCCCGACGUCCACUGGCUGAUCAGUGACCGCACCGACACCACAGUGAAGGAGAGCACCAGCUGCCCCUACGACAGGAUUUUGGUUUAUGGACAGGAAUUGACAAAUUUGGUGGCAUCGGCCGGAAUUUACAAUUUCACGCGGGAGCUGGACCUCAGUGAAGCCGAGGCCCUGAAAGUCAGUGACCAUUACCCGGUGGAGAUGGAUCUGAAUCUGGUUCUGGAUGGCUGUGGGACUCUUCUUCCAUCUCUUACACUCCUUAUUCUCAGUCUCUCAGCCGCCUUCGAUUUAUGGGACUUGCUUUAGGUCAGAAGUGACCGUCCUGCUCCACAAACAACCUGCCUGGUUGGGGCCACACACAGGAACCCUAUUGUAGAUACCAGUGUAAUGUGUCCACAUACAGGAACCCUAUUGUAGAUACCAGUGUAAUGUGGCCACAUACAGGAACUCUAUUAUAGAUACCAGUGUAAUGUGGCCAGACACAGGAACCCUAUUGUAGAUACCAGUGUAAUGUGUCCACAUACAGGAACCCUAUUGUAGAUACCAGUGUAAUGUGGCCACAUACAGGAACUCUAUUAUAGAUACCAGUGUAAUGUGGUCACAUACAGGAACUCUAUUAUAGAUACCAGUGUAAUGUGGCCACAUACAGGAACCCUAUUGUAGAUACCA